UGUUUCGUCCCUCGGAGGAUUUGGACCUUCUCUCUUCACUUCCUCCCCUCCCGUCUCCCAUCCCGUUGCUAUUCGCCACCCCUCUCCUAUCUUUUAAUCAUCAUCGUCAUAGCAAUCUUAACCCUCGCCGAUUCCGCCUCUCUACGACCUUCUCUUCCUCCUUGUUCUUAACUCAGGCUCCGCUCCGAAAAAUUUCUGCUUGCCUUUGAGCUCCCGAUCCGGUCAUUGGCGGCGUCUCCUCCCCCCUCUCGAUGCUUCGUCGGAAUUGAGAUGAUGGGGCCGGAAUCAUCCGGAGGGAUUCGCCGCCCGGUGAUCUCGACUUGCGGAAUAGCUGACCUGAUCCAAGAUCUCGGCGGCACUUCCGCUUGGUAAAUUUAGGCCGGUGGUGCCGCUGAUGGUGGUGGUGUGGUGGGGCUGAUCGGUCGGGGGCUAUGGCGGACGUUGAUGCCAGCAAUGUUGUGGUGGAUGGAUCUCGUGAUGAGCUUCCCGUUUCUACCUCGUCAUGGAAUCCCCUAGGAAGAGCUUUCCGGCCAUAUGUUUCUUUUUCGCCUUCCACGGUCAACGCACCAGAAUCCAGCAGCGCCAUCGCUCCCCUUCGGGUGAUCGUCAAGAAACCUCUGGUGGCAAGACUGACCAAAGGCAUAGUUGAAACUUACCAAAUUUGUAAUCCCUCAUUUAAAUAUUCAGAGGCAUUGAAUCCAAAGCGCUUCCUAACGAAUCCAUCAAUUGGGGUGCUGAAUGAUGGCUAUGAUAAUGCAAAUUCAGAUCUCAUCUUGCAUGUGAAUUUAGAGUUGGUCAAUUUAGAAAGAAAGCGAAGGUACACUGUCAAAGAUAUCCUUGGCCAAGGGACCUUUGGACAGGUUGCCAAAUGCUGGGAUUUGGAGACUAACUGUUAUGUUGCUGUGAAGAUAAUUAAGAAUCAGCCUGCUUAUUAUCGGCAGGCAGUUGUUGAGGUCUCUAUUCUGCACAUGUUGAAUCAGAAGUUUGAUCCUGAUGCUAAACAUCACAUUGUUCGUAUCCUUGAUUAUUUUGUAUUUCAGCGACACUUGUGCAUAUCAUUUGAAAUGCUUGGCUCUAACCUGUAUGAGCUAAUUAAAAUGAACCACUUCAAAGGUUUUUCAUUGAGCAUUGUGCAGAUGUUCUCAAAACAGAUUUUGCAUGCAUUGAUUGUCAUGAAAGAUGCUGGUAUAAUACAUUGUGAUAUGAAGCCAGAAAACAUACUAAUAUCUACAAGUGUGAAGCCAACAGAAAUAAAAGUUAUUGAUUUUGGAUCAGCUUGUAUGGAGGGUCGGACGGUGUACUCGUACAUUCAGAGCCGUUAUUACAGAUCUCCAGAAGUUGUACUUGGUUAUCCAUACACAUCUUCAAUUGAUAUGUGGUCACUCGGAUGUAUUGUUGCUGAAUUAUUUCUAGGGUUGCCUUUAUUUCCUGGAGCCUCAGAGUAUGAUCUUCUCAAGCGGAUGAUACAGAUACUAGGUGGGCAACCACCUGAUAAUUUGCUUAGGGAUUCAAAAAGUACUAUCAAGUUUUUUAAGCAUGUUGGAAGUAUUUAUCGUUUGGAGAAUGUUGAGACGUCCAAGGAACUUACUAGUGCCUACCGAGUUCUAACUGAGGAUGAAUAUGAAGCAAGAGAGUCAAAAAGACCUUCAAUAGGGAAAAACUACUUUAAUCAUGUAAAGCUGGAAGAUAUCAUUGCCAACUAUCCUUACAGAAAGAAUUUGCCAGAGGAAGAAAUCUCAAAAGAAAGUUUGACCCGCUUGGCCUUGGUUGAUUUCUUGAGGGGCCUUGUCGAGUUUGAUCCAGGAAAACGAUGGUCACCUUUACAGGCUUCAGGUCAUCCAUUUGUUACUGGAGAACCAUUCAGAUGUCCUUAUCAACCUUCCCCUGAGACUCCAAGAAUUCCUGUCAUUCAUACUAUAACGGUGGAUCACAAUCCAGGCGGUGGUCAUUGGCUAGCUGCUGGUCUUUCUCCUCAGGUUUCAACUGUUAACAACUAUUUAUCACUCAGUAGCCCUCACUUUCAGAAGGUUCCUAUGUCUUAUGGCAGUAGCUAUGGCAGCUUGGGAAGCGAUGGUAGCUAUAAUGAUAGUACAGGUUUUGGGAGCAGUUACGGAAGCUACAGUGAUAUUAACAGUAUGCAUGCCUAUAAUUCACCAGCAGGUCCAUGUGGGUUCAACAUUCAUGUACAAGUUGGAGGACAAUUUCUUGGAUCUAGUCCAGAUGCUAGAUAUAGAUCUCAGCUGUCUCAUGGAACUGGGUUUGGUGCUAGUCCUUUUGGAGGUGUGGGACCAAUGUCUCUCGGAGCCAGUCCCUCACAAUUUACUCCUCCAAGCUCCCAGAUGCAUUUUUCUUCUGCUUCUCCUGGAAAGUAUGGUCCAACUUCUCCUGUAAGGGGCAGUGGUCGUGGUAUCUUGUUGGGUAAAGCAGCUGCCAUUGGUCAGUACAAUAAAAGUUGGGGCUACCCAACAAUGUGCAUGCAGCCUUACGGAAGUGCAUCUGAGCGUGGACCAGGAUUUUGUGCUAAUGGCAUGAGUUGUAUCCACUCUGAUGCUCAGUUUCAAGGGCAUGGUGCUCAUUCUGUGAUUUCAUCUUCCAGUCAUUCUAACUGGAAGCAACAGAUGGGUGUAGGGAAUGUCUUGUCUCUAAGCCUUACUUCAGCCAAUCAGAAGAGUUAUCCAGCACAGAGUGUGCAUAAUUCCUGUGUGGUUUGUGCACACAGCUUGGAAGUUCCAUGUGAUAAACCAGAAGGCAGUUCAUCACUGCCUGAUCCUGCAGACUGGGACCCCAAUUAUAGUGAUGAAUCUCUUUUGCAAGAGGAUAAUGCAGAAUUCAACUCCCUAAAUUCAGAAUUUACUAGUUGUGUAUGUCUUGGUGAACCAUCAGAUGCUUCCACCCUAACAACUAAAAUUGGCCGAUAUGGCCAUGGUCAUAACCAAGCUAAUCCAAGCUCAAAGUUUCUCUCAUCAAAUCAAAGAACAGAUGGUCUUCAUCAGGCAUAUUCGCUUACUGAGAGUAGUCCAUCUACUUCCCAUGAUGUACGUGCUGGAAAUGCCCGUCCAACCCAAUUCUUGCAAAACUUCCCAAGCCGUUUUGGACAACAAUCUGUUCAUCGGUACAAUCAUGUGAACUCAAAUAUUAUGCAAGGUGAAAGAUAUAAUCAAUAUGGCCAGCCAGUGCAUUCAAAUAACAACAGAACAGAUUCUCACUCAUCUACCAAUGCUAUGUUUAGCAAUAGUAUGCCAUGGGGACGAAGAGUUGGACAUUCGAUGACAACAACCUUACCAAUGCCCCGUUCGAGAAAGGACUAUGGGAAGAUAUAAGGCUGAUAACAGGAUUGUGAUUUUCUCGAUGUACAUGCAGUGACAGGUACGAGAGAAGUGUUGACAAGAGAUUAGGAGUGUGAUCUGCUGUCCUAACGAUGAGGCGACUUCCUGAAGCCGAGAAGCAACUCGGUGAGCGAAAGAGUUGGGGAAACCAUACAUGACAGUGACCUGUGUCAGUAUGAACCAUAGGGCCCAAUCGCAGUUGCUGCUGCUGGUGGUUUGUUGCCCUGGAUUAAAGACGGCCAUUACCAUGGUGAGAAAAGGUAAGACGAUAAAAAAAACACCCUUAUAAUCAUUGUUAUUGGAUGAUAUGCCUCUAUUGAGAAUUUUUUGGGUUUUUUUAUAUAAAAUUCAGUUUUGUCCUCUUAAUUUUUGUAAAUGUUUUUUUUUCCAAACUUUCUUAAAUCAGCUGGAGUCAAUGAAUAAGAUUCAGAAUUUCUUAAA